CUUUGCUACCAUGGGGAACUGGGCUGUGAAUGAGGGACUCUCCAUCUUUGUCAUUCUGGUGUGGUUGGGGUUGAACGUCUUCCUCUUUGUGACGUACUACAAGGUUUAUGAUGAUGGACCUAAGUACAAUUAUACUCGAAAACUCCUCGGGUCAGCUCUGGCUCUGGCCAGGGCACCUGCAGCCUGCCUGAAUUUCAACUGCAUGCUGAUCCUGCUGCCAGUGUGUCGAAAUCUGCUCUCCUUCCUCAGGGGUUCCAGCGCGUGUUGCUCAACAAGAAUUCGAAGACAACUGGAUAGGAACCUCACUUUCCAUAAAAUGGUAGCAUGGAUGAUAGCACUUCACACUGCGAUUCACACCAUUGCACACCUGUUCAAUGUGGAGUGGUGUGUGAAUGCCAGAGUCGGAGAUUCUGACCCAUAUUCAGUAGCACUCUCUAACAUUGGUGAUAGGGACGAUGAAGAGUAUCUCAAUUUUGCUAGAGAAAAAAUCAAGAACCCUGAAGGGGGCCUGUAUGUGGCUGUGACUCGGCUGGCUGGUAUUACAGGAAUUGUCAUCACACUGUGUCUCAUACUGAUUAUCACAUCCUCUACCAAAACCAUUCGGAGGUCUUACUUUGAAGUGUUCUGGUAUACACACCAUCUCUUUGUGAUCUUCUUCAUCGGCCUUGCCAUUCAUGGAGCUGAACGAAUUGUACGCGGACAGACUUCUGAAAGUCUGAAAGAGCAUAAUUUAGAUAUCUGUGCAAACAACAUCUCAGAAUGGGGACAGAAAAAGGAAUGCCCAGUACCAAAGUUCUCUGGAAACCCUCCUAUGACUUGGAAAUGGAUAGUGGGUCCCAUGUUUCUCUACCUCUGUGAGAGGUUGGUCCGGUUUUGGAGAUCUCAACAGAAGGUGGUCAUCACCAAGGUAGUCACUCACCCUUUCAAAACUAUUGAGCUUCAGAUGAAGAAGAAGGGAUUCAAGAUGGAGGUGGGACAGUAUAUUUUUGUCAAGUGCCCCCAGGUAUCCAAGCUGGAGUGGCACCCAUUCACACUGACCUCUGCUCCUGAGGAAGACUUUUUUAGCAUUCAUAUCCGUAUUGUGGGAGACUGGACAGAGGGGCUAUUCAAUGCUUGUGGCUGUGAUAAACAAGAGUUCCAAGAUGCCUGGAAACUUCCUAAAAUAGCAGUUGAUGGGCCCUUUGGCACAGCCAGUGAAGAUGUGUUCAGUUAUGAGGUGGUGAUGCUAGUGGGAGCAGGGAUUGGAGUCACACCUUUUGCUUCCAUUCUCAAGUCUGUUUGGUACAAAUAUUGUGAGAAUGCCACCAAUCUGAGGCUCAAAAAGAUUUACUUCUACUGGCUAUGCAGGGACACACAUGCCUUUGAGUGGUUUGCAGACCUGCUGCAGCUGCUGGAGACCCAGAUGCAGGAAAGGAACAAUGCUGACUUCCUCAGCUACAACAUCUACCUUACUGGCUGGGACGAGUCUCAGGCCAAUCACUUUGCUGUACACCAUGAUGAGGAGAAAGAUGUGAUCACAGGCCUAAAACAAAAGACUCUAUAUGGACGGCCCAACUGGGAUAAUGAGUUCAAGACAAUUGCAAGUCAACACCCUAACACCAGAAUAGGAGUUUUCCUGUGUGGCCCUGAAGCUUUGGCUGAAACCCUCAGUAAACAGAGCAUCUCCAACUCUGAGUCCGGCCCACGUGGAGUACACUUCAUUUUCAACAAGGAAAACUUCUAACACGGCUCUUUCAUGAGGAAACAAGUGUAUGCUGCAAAAUGCCUCAAUAUUGCCAGUUGAUUUAUGAGUUACAUCUUCUGAGGAAAGGAGGAGCAAAGGAAGCCAUAAUGACACAGCAGCCCUCUUCCCUAAAAAGAAUUCCAAGUUUGCUAGUCAUAGGUCACAUUUGCAUGGAGCAUCAUGGCUUUCAGAGUAUUUUUCACAAACAUUGUUAUGUUGCAUUAUUUCAUAUUUUCCUCUGCCAUGCCAGAAGACAGUAAGGCAAAAGAAUUUUCUGGGAUUCGUUUUGGGAUAAACAAUAGGAGCUCAAAUGAUUUCAUCACCUUUCGUCAGAUUCAAAAACAAAAACCAGAUCUAUGCCAUCUGAUUCCAAGUGUAGUAAUCCUUCCACAUUUAAUACCAGGUUGUGUCAGGAAUCAGUUUUUAUACCUUCCCCCAACAAAAAGCAGAUCAAAGGGUAGAUCACCAUUCCUCAUCUUUAACAUUAACAUCAUGCUAAAAGAGACUUUUUAUAGAGGGGAUAAUGAUGCUUAUAGUGACUUAAUUCUUAUUAGUGACAGUAUUGACAUAGAAGUAUAUUCCAGUUUUCCAGCACAACAGACUAACUAGGUCAGAGAUUAUUCCUACGAAGGAGUAUUAGACUGAUUGGAGUUAAGGUAGCACUCUGCAUUUAGCAUGGAGUUUGGCAUAACACGUGUUUGAGGUACCAUUGAAUGGAUGAAUAAAUGAAUGAACAAAUGAAGGCAAACCUUUAGAACUAUGUCAGAGUGGAAUUAAUUUAAGAUCAGAGACAAAAUUACCCUUCUGUUACUUUUACAGACCAGAGGAUUCUGGUUUUCCUAGGACUAGAGAGAAAAAUAUGAACCAGUAGGACAGCCUGGCCUAGUGUAUUCAUCUCAUUGUUAUUUGGAGGCAGAAGGGAUAAAUUCAGAGACCUAUCCUCCUACGAUGAUGCUGGCUAGCACUUCUAGUUCCAGUCUGUGAGCUGAGAAAGAAAAACAUAUUCGUUUACUGGCAAAAAUGGUAUGCUCCAGCCAACCCUUGUGAAUUUUGAACUGAAUUCUAGCUAAUAUGCAACUGAAAAUACAUAUCCUUGAAUACAUUUUUUUUGCUUAAACACCCACACAAAUAGAUCUUAUGUGUAUAGAUAGUAAACUUGUUUUUAUUACAGCAUUUUCAUCACCCCCAUUACCAGCAUCACCAUCUUUCUGAAACAUAAAUCCUAGGAACUCUAAUCCCCAAAUAACUGGGUAGAUAGUGAAAUCACAGCCAAUAUCUUAUGGGUAUACAGAAGUGCAAGACGAGUCCAAAUCACUGCUAUAGCAGUCACAAGAUCUAAAACAACAGCUAAAAAUGACUCCCAUUUCUGGGAACUAGAAGUAGCUCUGAUUGCCCCACCACCAGGGACACAAAUGCUUAACUAUUCAGCUUUGGUAAUGAGGAAGGAAGAGUAGAGGGAAGGGCAGAGGCCUCUUUGGAGAGAAAGGGUGAAGACAACAGGAGAGAAAUGAAAGUACAACACUCAAAGGGAAAAAGGCAGGGUAAUGGGUCUCAUAGUGGUCAAAUUUCACCGUCCAUUUCAUUCUUUCUUCAUGUCAUUGAAGGACACAUGCAGCUUCAUCUUGUUUUGACUUAAUACAAUAUUGAAUAGCUGCAAUUCUGGUCACAAAAAAAUGAUAUUAUGAGGACAUUUUGAGGAGACUAGGUGAAGUGAGAGCUCAGGAUGUUCCUUAUAUUACUGCUAACAUCCUUAGGACACUGAAAGAUGAUUCUACCAAACAAGGCCUUUCUAGAUGCUCACAUGGUGCCAUGAGAAUUGUUGCACUUGGAGAAAGGUCCAUAUCCUUCAUGUUGCACCAUAGGCAUUAGUUCAUUUGUUCAACGUUCAUUUAUUUUGUAUAAUCAACAUGAGUCAGAUGCUGUGUGAAUAGCUUUAAUUGUUUGUGGCAAAGUUUGAGCUAGAGAGAGACCUCCAUUACAUGGAAUCUGAACAUACCUUUUUAACAAAAGUUGCAUUAAGUAAUGAGUUGCUCAAAGAAUGUGUUUCCAGUUUUAUUUUUUCCCUUAUCCUUUAUCCUUCUCUCACAAUAUAUCUUGACUAUAGCCUCCCUUUCUCCUUCUCGCAGUCCCCACCCCAUACCCCUUCUUCUCCAGAUCCACUGCUUUUCUGUUUCCCUUCAGAAAAGAGCAGGCCUCCCAGUGAUUUCAACUGAGAACAGCAUAACAAGAUGAAAUAAGACACAAGCCUUCAUAUCAAGGCUGGAUGAGGCAACCCAAUAGGAAGAAAAGGGUCCCAUGAGCAGGCUAUAGUUGAUAUCAACAUAGCUCCCAAAACAGAGAUCUAGCCCGUGUUAUUCUGGUUAUGAGAUGGAAAAUGAGUGCAAAUAUGCUUCAUGUUUGAGAGCUUCUUUCUUUUUCCUCCCAAGCCUCCAUCUCCCAUCCCCCAGCUGCCAGCACAGCUCUUUCAGCACUUAGUUCUUAGAAUUUAGUAACAGAUAAUUGACAUCUGUAUUUUGUAACAAAUACAAAAUGAAAAAAUAAGGCUAUAAAUGAUUCUUCUUAGUUUUUCCUACUUUUGCAAUAUUAUGUUUAUGGAAUUUGAAUACUUGCAGCCACUGUAUAUGAAUAGUUUGGGGGAGAAAGUGUUCUAGAGAUAACUUUUAUAAUUAUUAAAGCUUGCUUGG